GAGGGGAGGGAGGCGAGGGGAGGGAGGCGCGCCUCCGCCCCGCCGGCCGCCAUGAAGAUGUGGACCUCCGAGCACGUGUUCAGCCAUCCGUGGGAUACCGUCAUCAAAGCUGCUAUGAGAAAAUACCCAAAUCCUAUGAACCCCUGCGUGGUGGGAGUAGACGUGUUAGACAGAUGUCUCGAUAACCAGGGCCGACUACAUAGUCACCGGCUUCUCAGCACCGAGUGGGGCUUGCCAGCUCUUGUGAAAGCGAUUUUGGGAACCAGUAGGACUUUCACCUACAUAAGAGAACACUCUGUUGUAGAUCCAGUUGAAAAGAAGAUGGAACUGUGUUCCACCAAUAUCACACUCACAAAUUUGAUAUCUGUUGAUGAAAGAUUAGUGUACACACCUCAUCCUGAAAAUCCUGAAAUGACCGUGUUGACACAAGAGGCAGUUAUCACUGUGAAAGGAAUUAGCCUUGGCAGCUAUUUGGAAAGUUUAAUGGCAAAUACCAUUUCAUCCAAUGCCAAAAAGGGUCGAGAUGCCCUGGAAUGGGUGAUCGGCAGACUUAAUGCAGAGCUUGAGGAUCUAGCAGCGGCACCAGCUUGAGACCAUGAGACAAAGCGGCAGCAGCAGCAGCAGCUCUGGAGUGUCGUGGCCCGGAAACCUGGAGCAGCAAUAAAGAGACCGUGUUUACAGGAAUUCAUUUUAACCACCCAGUCCAUUUUGGUGGGAAACUCUAGUUGUAUGUUUUGUUAGUCACAUCAUCAGCUACUAACACAGCCAUAGAUCUGUGGAAAAAAAAAAGUUAGGAAAUGUAAACUUGCAAUAAGACUUGUUGGCCCUGACGGGGGAGUGAAUAGA